AAAUGUAGAGAGAUUCAGCAGUUCAGCGCCAGAACCAAAAACCUUUGUGCUUUUGAUUUCAGACCUUUUAUGCACGAGAUCACCAAGUAAGCUGAGGUGGAGAACCAUUGCAGUAUGGUUGAGAUAUAGCAAGUGAUCAGGUCUUAUAAAUACUGGGGAGCAGACCCAUUAAUCAGUUUUGUAGGCAGUAGGAGUCUUGAAUUUCAUCCGGGCAGCCACAGGAAGCUAAUGUGGAGAGACCAUGAAAGGUCAUACAUGGAAACACUUCAGCAGGUCAAACACAACUCCUUCAUCAGUGUUUUGUAUCAGCUGGACAGGUUGGGUGGCAGAGGCCAAAAGGCUGGACAACAGGGGGUUCCAGUAGUCCAGGCAAGAUAUCACCAUGCAGUGGACCAGGAGUUGCAUAGUAUGUCGUGAGAUAGGGGCAGAUCCUGUGGAAAUUGUGCAGGAUGUAGGCAAGCUGCUACUUUUCAUAAAGAUCUGUAUCUGUAGCCUUCAUACAUUACUUUCACCUGCUGCAAACAGUGUUUUUCUGAAUGGGAAAAGUCUGCUGGAAACCAUUUGCUGACAGCAGAAGUGAGCCAUGUUCAAAUCGUGGCUCUCGGGCAAACACCAUAAGUGAAGCAGUCUUCAAAAAAGAUUCUGCUUGUUUCUACAUUUAAUGAAUAAUUUCAGCUAACGUGGAAAGAAGCUUGAACUACUACAAGUGGUGCCCAUUCACAGUUCUCAUCAAACCAACCAGACUUGAAAUAAUAGCCAGACAGGAAUUAACCUGUUGACCUGGAGAGGAAAGAUGUAUCAAUCCAAGAACCCUCAUCCUUGACGUUCCUGUACCUGAAACUUGGCCUUGUUUGUUGUACCUCGGUACCUUUCAACGAGCAACAAGAGCACAGCAAAGAGAAUUUCCACUGACCCUCAGACUGUCAUAAUCUGCCUUUUGUGCUGGAAGACAAAUGCACGUUACGUGAUCCUCAUAUCGGCUUCUGUCUCAUCGGGGAGUAUGGGAAGGAUGCUCGGGUUCUUCCUCCUCCUCAUUGUGGGAUUUUUUUUUCCCUGGGCUGAGGCCCCAAGAACGCUGAUUUAUUUAUUUAUUUGUUGACUUGCCACUGUUAUAAGGACUUUUAUUCUACAGAAUACAAAGCCUCAUCAUAAACCCCCUAAAAACUAGGCUGUUUUGACGUAGAACUACAUCUUUCUCCUCAAUACGUGGGGGGGUAACUUGGGAAUUGGCUGUCACAAAAAAAUGCAGCCCUUCUCGCCGCUACUGCUCGCAGAUGAAGACACAGAGAGAUAGUGCAUAUACCGUUGGACAGAGGAAGGAACACCGCAUCAAAUGAGGUAUGAACGGGCGCUGCCGGUUCAGCCUAAGCAGGCUGGCACUCUUGCGAAAAUGUCCCUCAUUUGGCUCGUUAUGGAGUUGCCGCACGUUGCAGUAUAUGUCAUCACGUUCAAACCACGUCAUAGCGUUGACGUCAGCACAUCAGCUCGUCGCUAGAGAGUCGUGCUAUCGGACACGUAUCGCACCGGCAGGAAAACGACACAGCGGCUCAGCGACAGCGUGAGCAGCGUGCGCGGGAGAAGGCGGCGUGGGAGGCUGCAAAAUCGCCUCAGGUGGCCUCGGAGCCUCAACCAUCGACUUCUCGCGCACCCGACAUCGCUGUGCAGCACGAGCCCAUGUACGUGGAUGCAGCAGCGACCAACCUGAUAUUUGGCCAAGUGGCUGAGCUUGGUGAUUUUGACCCAGUGGAACAUGCCCCGGAUUUGGUGUCAGAGUUCCGCUUUGUGCCUGAGCAGACUGAAGAAAUGGAGCUGGCCAUUUACAACGCAUGGAAGGAGUGCAGGGGCCAGACGCCAGCGCAAGCUGAAAUAAACUACUUAAACAAGGCCAAGUGGCUUGAGAUGUAUGGAGUGGACAUGCACAAGGUCAAGGCCCGCGAUGGCAACGAGUACAGCUUGGGGCUCACCCCCACUGGAGUGCUCGUGUUCGAGGGGGAAACAAAAAUUGGCCUCUUUUUCUGGCCUAAGAUUACUUGUCUAGACUUUAAGAAAAGCAAGCUGACCCUGGUGGUGGUGGAGGAUGAUGAGCAGGGGAAAGAACAGGAGCACACGUUUGUGUUCCGCAUGGACCAUCCAAAGGCCUGCAAGCACCUGUGGAAGUGCGCUGUGGAGCACCAUGCUUUCUUCCGGCUGCGUGGCCCCGUCCAGAAGGGCUCCGCUCACUCUGGCUUCAUCCGCAUGGGCUCCCGAUUCCGAUACAGUGGGAAGACAGAAUACCAGACGACCAAGGCUAACAAAGCCAGGCGGUCUGCCUCCUUUGAGAGGAGGCCCAGCCGCCGCUACUCCAGGAGGUCUUUGCAGCACAAGGUUACCAACAAAAACCAAGAAGCACACAAUAAUGGAGUGGAUCCCAACAAAGAUGUGCAGUCCCGCAGUCCCUGGUCUGCCUUGCCUGUGGUCACCUCUUUGCCCUCUGACCCUGGGCCUGUGGAAAUUGAGUCUCUCCCCAGGAGUCCGGGAGGCAACCAAUCGGAGAAAAAGAGUUUUCCCCCUGUGGUCAGUUUGCUGGACUCCAGGGAUCUGCUGGAGACUUGCAUCGAUGAGGUGCUCAGGGUGCCUGGCCCCACUGUGAUGCCAAGUCCGUCAGAGGGAGAUGGCACUAGCGCAGCAGCAACCUCCUCUACCACUGCGGAGGAGUGCAUAACGCUAAGUGAGGCGGCUGUGAGACUGAAGCAGCUGGAGAUUGAUUGUGUGCCAAACGUGACCCCGUGCAGGUCCAACAUCAAUGUCAACAUGAACAACCAGGGGGAUGUCGAGAAACUGACGGAGAAGUGCUUGAGCGGUGUCACCGUAAGCCCAGUGCUCACUCCACUGCGCCCCCCUGAGGAACUGAAGAGCAACAUCCUGAAAGCACAGGUGGAGGCAGCCCUCAAGGGUUCAAGGGAUGAGCACGUAGCUUCGGGUGAGAAGAACUGCAACCUUCGGGAGGUGGUGGCUAGGAAUAAGGGCCACAGUGGUCACCUCGGCAGCAACUCUUCCCUAAGCACGAGUGGACGGCCUGAGCACCAGGAAUCUUGGGAGCUGCUGAAAACAGGUGUGUUGCCCUGCGUUAAAGCCAGCGAUGGACUGAAGGUGGAAGACGAAGUGGCCCAUUUUACUGCUGACCCCAUCAAUGAGACGCUACCUCCUAAGGUGAUGUCAGCACCGGCAGAUGGUCUGAAGUCAUACGUCUCAGUGAUGCUGGAGGAGCUGGAACCACAGGCUGCACCCAUGAGUGAUAACCUGAUAGACUUCACAGAUCCCAUUCUGGUAGAAAACGUGAAACCAGUGAUGGCUCCACGAUGGAUCAUCCCAGCAGCUGCACCUGUCCCUGCUUCGUUCACCCAGAUGGGCGUCUUUGCCAACGGCCUUCCGGAAGGUGAUUCUGUGGCAGAUGCUGCAGCAGCCCUUGUCUCUGUCCCUGCUGAAGUGGGUGCCAUCGCGACUCCCCCACAGCUCUCCCAUACUCGCACCGUCAUCGGAGCCAGUAGUGGAACCCAGCUGAGCAAGGAAGAGCUGUCGAAAGUCCGGCGUCUCCUCACCACCGAACUCUGAGGGCCUCGCAUUGCUGCUGCUGUCCUCCGUCUUAGCACUGGCAUCUUGGAAUGAACUUGGCCGAAGGAAAGCCCCCCUUCUAAGUACAUUCCUCAUGAAAGACUUUGGAUUUUUUUAACUAAAUUUUUAAAGCAGCUAUGGUAUAAUCAGUUUUUAUGACUUGGUAAUGCACUGCUUUUAGAGGUAUAGAACAUAGAAACCACUGAAAUAAGCACAACAGGAGACCCGUGAAAUGUCAUCCUGGACAUGUGUGGGACACGGCUGCCUUCCAUGUGCGUUCCGCUUCCCGCCGAGGUCCUCGGAGCACAGCACCUCCGAGCCGCUUUCAAGAGCCGCCCGCUGGGCCUGAGCUAAAGCAAACUCUAGUGCUUCCCCAUCAGCCGAGCCUGACCAAAGCUGCAGCUCAAGGGCCCGGAUUAGCAGUCGUAUCCUUCUCAGGCGCCAGGGUCUGUAGAAAAUUUUUCCGAGUUGUGCAGAAGUUGCACUGAGGAGCGGAUGCGGUCGUGGCAUUAAAGGCUCUACAGGAGAGCAACUUGUUGCGAACACUGUCAACGUGCUGUUGAUGCAAAGAUGUGCUGAGCCGUCGCCGUCGCCGUUUUCUGCUUUGUCUGUGAACAGACGGUACUUCGGUUUUGUGCAACAAUUAGUUUUAAUCUGCCUUAUAUUUUGAAUUCUUAGUUUACUAAAUGCUACUUACUACUUGUAUCAUAUAGCAUGUCUUGGUCCCCUUCCCCCAAAGACUACCAUCUGUGAUGCGUCAUGUGGUCACUGAAGUCACUGUGGUCAUGUGUAACACUGAAGAUGUAAACAAAUGCCAGUGGCCAAGACGGCACCAAGUGUUUCCUGUAUGUAACGGUGCCGCGCACACCUUGUAGUACAGCAAAGCUCCGGCUGCGUAUUGCAGUGCAGUCAGGGCCAAGCGGCUGCCGCCUUCACUCACUCUGGCUCUGUGAAGCUGUACUAUUCCACAGAGCUCGUCAUCCCAGAGUAAGGCCCCCCCCCCCUCCCCUCAGGGCUCCAGGAACUCCAUACUGUGAAAGGGUGAGAAGCCAAGUGUUUGGUGCUCAUCUUUUAGCCAUUAGGGACACUGUGUUGUACAUCUGGCCCUUCGUACCCUUCAUGGACGGAAUACUGUUGAAAGUCUGCUUUUCUGUCUUUCGGAAAUAUUCUCCUGUAAGGGUGGGUAUUUGAAACCCUUGUAUUUUUAAAUUACAUGAACAUUGUAACCUGAGUAUCCUCAGAGGAAAUGCAUUAGAAGUUGUAGGCCUGUUAUUUGGACCACUGCAAACAGAUCUGCUGACUUUUUUUUUUUUUAAAACUUUUGUUCACCAUGUAAGUGCAAUUUGCUGUAGUUCUUCCUUUUAUUUAUUGUUUUUAUUCUCAUCACUUUUCUGUACAUUUUUGUGUAAUGCAGGUGUGAAGACAUUUAGGGGGCACAGAACUUUUUUGUAAUAUUUUCUAUGUACUGUGUAUUCAUGAGGUCUGACAUGUAAAAGUUUUCCUACACUACAUACUUGCGAUGUAGGAUUCCUCUAAGUAAAACACACGUAGAGCUGCAAUCUGUGUGUCAGGCUCAAGCGUGAUGAUUCUUUGCACAUUUCUCCAGAAGGACUCGUGAGAUGGGAGUGCAACAUGUAAGGAUCAGUGUUAUGUAGCCCUACACUCCCUUUGCUUCUCAUUGAUGAUUAGGUUGCUGUGCCCUGGUGAAUUCCCUGUGUUGGACAGAAUUAGGAGAAGAGACUACAAAGGAAAAAAAAUUUAUUUGGCAACAGUUCUUAUAAACAGGCAAUGGAUUUAAAAUUCAGAAACCUCAUCUGCGCUUUAAAGGGUAUGAAAUUGCUAGAGAAGAGUCACCAAAGUAACGACUUGCUAAGUUAAGCAUCCCUCACUUAAUGAUCUUAAGUAUAAAAUGAACACAAAAACAUUGAGGACACACUGAAUUGUCAGAAUGAAAUGGAUUAAUGACAGCUCAAAGCUCACCUCUUCCCUUGGAAGAUUAAGCUUUUUCCUUUUGGUCAUAUAAAAAAAAUGCAGUGUAUCAGCUGUGUAAAAUUCUGAAGAUGACAAAAGUAAUUUCUCCACUGAAUGUUUAAUUCAACGCAAGUAUAAUGGCUAUUACUGUGGGAGCAAAGGGUAAAUGGGUUGGAAAAGUAAAAAAAAAAAAAAGUUAAUACUGCCAGAUUUCCACUUCUUUGUACAAGUUGUAACCUGAUUUGAUUGUGAAUUAACAUUUCUAGAAAAAACUAGAACAAGAGCUGUUCAAAAUGACACCGGAACUGUACUUUCAUCAAUGUAGCUGUAGUCGACUGAGAAGGUCAAGCACUGCGGUACAAUGAGGACGUUUGAGCAACAGUUGCGGUUGUUGAAAAACCACUUGCUGUGCUGCUGCUGCGCUUAUAGGAGGAUUUCGCUACAUGAACAGUCGAAAAGCACAGCAAAUAAAGUGACAAAGGCAGAGGUCCAGAUAAAAAUUAAGUUUAAUUUGCAUAGGAUAAGGCCACAUGUAUUCACAUGGCUGAAAUCAUGCUCAAUUUGAGGAGGAAGGUGGUAACCCGCCACGCAAACGGUUGCAGGGCUGCUUGCGAAGACGAACGGCAGCUUGUUUUUCCUACUUCCAAGAGCAGCAGCGCCGAGCCCUCGUAUAAUUUGAGUUGUGUAACAGAGCUACAGCUGCGGCAACUAAUAGUUUUGCUUUGUCGCAUCUUGCGUUAAAAGUUCACCGCAACAGCACCAGCAGUAGUAACUGAAGCAGAGGCCCACAGCGACGAGCAGGUGGCGUUUGAGUGGGCGAGUGAAGCCGAACCCAGCGCUGCUGCGCCUGAGCCUGUCCUCCAGGAGCUGAAGUGAAGCACAGGAACGAACUAGGGCUUGUUGGUACACAAGCUACUGCAGGAAGUGUACUUUUCAAAGCAAUACUUUGGCAGUGAUAGUUCUAUACUUUUACUCGUGUAUAUUUGCAUAGACAGUAUACUUUUGCCUCCUCCCUCAAUGUUCUCACCUUUGAACGAGUAGCAGCAGCUCUCUUGUCUUUCUUCUAUGGAUUUCAUGCUCAGCUGUCAGCUACCAUUUCCCCUUUAAGCAGUUAGUCAAAAUUAUGACUUACCCCUAACUCUUACAUAAAGAGCACUCAUUUCAACACUGCGCUAUGCUUCCUGCUUAGGAAAUCUUAACCUCUGACUAUCUAAACUUAAGGCUUUGGAGGAGCUGCCCUAGAGCUCAGGGGAGGGUAAAACAGGGUAAAACGCCAUGGCCUCCAAUUCAGUAGUUUUAUACACUGAAAAUGAGUAACACCUACCAUUAAUUUGGCCUUUAGCUGAUGUUUUUACCCACAGUAACUGACACUGCUAUAAAAGUUUAGUUGUAUUUCUACCGCUAGGACACGGUUUGCUCUCAGUAUCCCGACAGGUGACACUGCCAACUGUCCCCUGGCCAGAGUAUCAUAUCAUGGGUCAUCACAGCAGUUGCCAUGUCUCCCGAAGGCCGUCUGUGCGCGCACACUUUCUGCGCACUUAAGCUGAUGCUACCAACACAUUCAAGUUGAAUAAAAUUACUCACUGAAAGGGAAGGCAUGAAAACUGCACCCUGACAAGCAGGAUGAACAAAAUGGUCCACAUCUGAGAGAGCAAGAUGAUGGGAGGAGGGACAAGGUCUGGUUUCACUGUUAAAAUGAAAGUUAAAAGGUGCAAAAUGCACCUACUUUGAUCUCUAUUAAGGGGGGGUGGGGAUUUUGCCCACAAACUGACCCUGUUUCAUACUCAGGGUACUGCAAAAGCUAAAUUAUAAA